AUGGCGGAACUCCUACUCUACAUGGGCGAGCCCCAAGGCGAUGAAGGUGGCCUGUCAGUGGUCCGCUUUGGUCAGCCGGUCAAUGUCUCUCGCAUCGUUCUGCAACCUACAACGAGCAAUCGGAGCGCGGCUUACCCCAUAGGAACGAUCAUCGUCUGCUUCCAUCUUCUCGCAAGCUCAGAGUCCGGUCGAUACAUCAAGCUCAGACCGGUACAGCACACGACAGCCGAACUCAAGUAUGAUCUCAGAUCAGGUCCACAAGCUUUUCCGACCAUGCUCCCAUUGACCUCUUGGGGUCUCUUGCUGCUCCUGCACGGUGACACGCGAGGCUUAGAGAUUCUCGUCUACGGUCGUAAGCGCGAGAUAUCACCCGUCAUGCCCGCGCCAUCGUCCGGUUCGCGAGCAAGCUCGAGAGCAGACAGCCAGUCCCGGUCUCCUGAGCUUGAAGACCGCCCAAGACAAAAGCCCGUCGAGCUACUGUAUGAUGUCGAAUCAGCACUCACGAUCGUCAAGAGACUCGAACGUCAGCUCAUGGCAGAAGUACACCAGAUACAAAUGAGUGCAUCUCAAGCUGAUCCGUCAACCUCAUCAAGUGUGCCCUCUGCUUCUUCAUCUCAGCCUGGUCCCUUUGAUAGCCAGUUGUGUGGAGGAGGUCCGCAACCGUAUCACAACGCAGCAAAAUCAAGUAAUUUCAUGCGCAAGCCAUCGCCGGAGCUGCAAACCUCUGCUCGCUCAAGCUAUCGAGAGCCCGCCGCACGAGAACCCCCGUCUGCCGUUACGACCCGCUCGCGCACGCCAUCGGACGGUGCACCCUCACCUUUGCCUCAGUGCACCAGUCCAAGUCGUGCAGAUUCGAGCGCUGCGCCGCCGCCUCUGCCACAAGCCAGAGCGUCUUACGAGCGUCGCAAAUCCGCGAGCAUGCAAGUCGAUGGCCCCGCUUCGUCUGCUUCGCCUACUUCCGAUCCCAGGCGACCUCGGCCUCGUCCCAAAGCAGCCUCGACCGAAACAGACAUAUGUCCGCCGCCGGUUUCGCCACAGACUGACGCCAAGAUACCUGUCUCGGGCCUUUCUCAGCAUUGGCACGCUUCGCGAUCACCUACAAGAAUGUCCUCGGAUACUUCGGCAACCCCUCAAAGCAUUUUGUCGACGCCGCUCGGCAGUCUGGGUACACCACAGGAUAGUCAGGCAACGUCUUGCGAUCACUUGCCUACGCCUCGAGAAAAUCAAACCACGCCUGCCCUUCGUCAGCCAACUCCCCAGCUUCACCAGACUACGCCGCAGCUUCACCAGCCAACGCCUCUUCCCACUUUUGCGACGCCGCAGAUUUCUCUCCCAGCGCCAAGUAGCGGUCGAGCUAUCCCGAUCGCAGGCUCGAAUGUAUUGAUUCCCUCGCGAGCGACAUCCACUGCAGGAUCUCGAACGCCCCGGGCAGGCAUACCGUUUGAUGGUUACCGUACGCCGCUCGGAGCAAAGUGUACGCCCGGCAGUACACGUCUCGACAUCAGGACGCCCAACAUGGUACCUUCGGCCAGCUACAGAAUCAGACCAGACGAGCCAGAGCAGCCUCCGCGCGUCAAGUCAGCCAUCGAGAUCUUUCUCGAGGACAAUCCGACAGACGCUCAUCCUCGCGAUCCUCGGGUGAAGUUACAGCUCGCGAAGAAGCAGCAGCUCCAGACUGCGUACGAGCAAUGGGAUGAGGGCGACAUGGGCACCCAGUCAUCCGAUCAGCUGAGACAUUUCGUACACGAUCUCAACCUGCUCGUAGCUGAGUCCAAGCAGCUCAUGUCGUCCGAUAGCUUCGUCUACGAGCUCGUCGAGCGUGUCAUCCGUCAGCAUUCUGGAGGCAUUCGCGAAAUCCUCAUGACGCCCUUGCUUGAGAACUUACUCAGGACAACCCAAUCCUAUAUGCUUCGUCGCAGAAGCACAAAGACAGAUCACGACACGGUGGAGGAUGUGCCGAAGGCUGAAAUUGCUUUGCGAUGCUUCAAGGUCUUUGCAGCUGGCAGUUGCGAUCACGCUUUGCUGCUCCGUAUCACUGAGCUCGAGCCUUGGAGCCAAUUGGACGGAAUCUACAAAAAGCUUAUUGCAGACUCUGCAGCAACGAUCGACGAUUCGGCGGAAUCAGUGGAGCUCAGAGAGGCGAUGGAAGAUUUGGGAGAGAUGCUCAAGCCGUACUACCUCGUCAAUCGAUGUCGAAGGUCUCUCGAUGAGGCCGCACAGACAAAAUCGCGAGACCAUGACCCACUGCCGACUGUUCGCGUCAUUCUCGAAGGAGCUAGCCCCAGCCACGCUGUCGCAUCUGCUGUUGCCUACGUGCUCAAUCAAGGGACGUGUCUCGAAGGCAUGCUCGUCGCAGACUCGACUGAAGCUGUAUCAUACACGACUCUGGACAUAUGCUCCCACCUCGCCAGAACUACGCCUGGUUGGGCUUGUCUGAUGCAUGCCGCCAGCAUUGACACAUUGCCUGCCCGCCCAACGGUCGUGACGCCAAAUGCCAAAGUUCUCAAGAGUCUCAGGUCGCUGUGCCUCACACGGAGCGUACCGAGUCGCACGUCCGAGGACGACAUUGCAAUGACUGAUCUGGUCCAAGCUUUGCACUUGCUCUACUAUCAAGUCGCACUGCUACACAACUACGUCCAGUCAAUUUUGGACAGCUCCGCAGAUGACCGAAUCAAUACUGCUCCGAGUACUGCAAUGGAGCUCUCUAGCCGCGCUUCGAUGCUAGCUGAGCCAGCUAUCUAUCCUGCGCUCCUGUCGCAUCGCCGAGUACUGCUCGUGACGACACAUAACCAUGCAAAGCUCAAGCCCAAGGUCAACGGCAAGCUACGAGCAUUCUGGUCGGAGCAGACUGCCGAUCCUGAUAUCUUUGCUACGUUGUGGUGGUCCUGGCAGGGCACUUCUCUCCACCGAACGGUCACCCAGCUCCUCAAACUCAGUAUACCUCCUCCGACUCGGGAAAACACCGAAUCUCACUUCGAGGAGCCUUCCGUAGCAUGUUCGCUAUUAGCAUGCAUUAACCGUGCCAUUUCGCUCCAGGCAGCAGUCUCACCAAAAGCACUUGAGCAACGUCGGUCGUUCGUUGUUUGCAUGAUCAAGUUCAUCCAACAGAUUGGUACUCAUCUCAAAAAUAUCUGCGCCGACAUGGCUACGCUUCUCAUGCAGCACAAUGUCCUCUUCGGUUGUUCGCGCUUCGAACUCUGGGCAGACCUUGUCGGCAGAUGCGCAGAGUAUAUCGCGGAGAUCAGGGAAGAUGUAUAUGUGCCAGAAACGCUGCUCGCCGUCGUCAAUGCGACUGCAGCAGAGCUCGAAUACGCGGCCAACGGCGCUCGAUCGUGUGCAAGAGUCAUGACUGCCACUAGAGCGCGCGUACGGCUGCUACUGAGUCAAUUAGGCGAGCGUACACGAGAUCCUGAGCCGCUUGUCAGAGCUUUGCUCGAUGCGGAUGCUUUGCGACCGAUUACUGCAGUCAGCAGCCUGCUCAGCAUACUGCCCAAUGCGAGCAAACUGGACAGCCGCAAGUGCACGCAAUGGCAGCACGCGCUCCAGCAAGACACUGAAGAACUUGCAAUUACACUUUGCGCAGCAGGAUCGUUGACCCAGACGGGUCGGCGACUAGUGCAAAGCACAUUGUUGGCUGCGUGUACGUUCAGCGUAUCCCUUGUAGACAUCUUCAAGGCCAUCAUCGAGUCAUUGUUCGCAAGUGGUACCACCGAGCCGACCUUCACAGCAAAGACGAGUCUCUUCACGACCUUGAUUGGAGAAUCGAACAUCAAAGUCGCGCUCGAUGCGUUGUGUGAGCAACGCGCAGAAUUCAAGGGCUAUCUAGACAUUAUUCUCGACGCAGAAAGGCGAGGUGUACCACAAGUGCCUGGCAAGCGCACAACCGAUCUCGCACCAAUAGCUGACUGUGAUUCCGCCUGCCAAGAUUACAGCUGCGCCCAGUGCAUGCGCACUUUGAAGCCGAGGCUGGAAAUCUCCUCUGAAACUUCUCAGCGCACUGUGCGCGCAGCGCUGCCGGCCAGUAUGGCUGAUGCGUUGCUCUGGCAGGGUGUGCCGACGCCUGAUGCUGAAGGCAUGUCAUGUGUGCGCUUCGAAGUGCCCGUCAAUGUCAGCAGAAUAGAUCUCUUUGCGGACGAUCCCUCUUCAAAGACUGCACCAGGAACGCUCACAAUUCUGCUACAUGUGCUGCCACAAGCUGCGUCUGGACAACAGAUUGUCGCUCGUCCGGCCUAUUUCGAAUAUGUCAGUAUACCCUACGACCUCACGGCGGGCGCCCAAAUGUUCCCUACCGGCGUACCACCUACGUCUUUUGGCAUCUUGCUCGUCCUUCACGGUACUUGCGUAAAUCUAUCGAUGGCAGUGUACGGUAACAAGCGCCCGCCAACGAGUUCGAAUGCGAGCAAAGCUGCCUUUGACGCCCUCAAACAUUCCACGAAUCUCGUGCCUCUCGGCCAAGCUGAUGCGAGCGCACGACGUUAUGACAUGCGCAACGCAAUGGAGCUUUUGGACAAGUGCCAUGUUCGAGUCAACGUCGAGCUCGAUGGCAUUGAGAGACAAAUCAUGGGGGGACAGAAGGGGCGUGAUACCGUCGCAGCGGAUAGCUCCACGACCAGACAUAUCACAGCUGCGUUGGCGAGCCGAACAACGAUAAACGCUGACCAAGCAGUCGCUGACCUGACAUCAACAAGCGCAGCGAACGGCCGCGCAAGAUCACUGCGUUCAGACGCGAAUACGAGAGACAAAUCCGACAUAGCUGCGAAUGCCAAUCAUACUCACUCACAUCACUCUCUGGCGCCUCCGUCAGCAGCAGACUCUGGCGGUGAGGCAAGCAGCACCAAAAAGCAAGGAUGCACAGAUGCCAUCCGAGGGCUAAACGAUGAGAGUAUUAUCUCCUUCCUACAAGAUUUGACGUAUGCGCUGCCGAUCAAGGGAGAAAUGACAGAGAGCGUCUUGCUAGCGCUUGAGGACGCCUACGAAUAUUGGUCAGAGCGCAUGUAUGCAGAGAUGUCGCCGCAGAAAUUACGCUCCUUUGUUGAGGAUCUUUCGCUCGUUGCAAGUAGAUCGAAGAGACUUGCCAGCGAGCAUCGCUUCGUAUACGAUCUAGCGCAUCAACUUGCGCGCUUUCACGUCGACGGUGUACGAGUAAUGCUUACGACACAUUUACUCGAUGAUCUCAUUGCGCAAGCUGCUUUGGCAAAGGAAAGAAUCGUCGUCGCGAUCAAGCUGCACGAUCUAUUGGCUGCAUGCUCUUCAGAUCAUGCAGCCCUAUUACGCAUGACUGAGCCGCACAAUGCAGAGCUGCUGGAAAGAAUUGAGGCGCGUAUGCCGGCCUCGCCCACGCCGCUCGGGCACCCUCUACGUCACGCUCGAUUGCUCAUUACCUGUCGUGCACGUCUGCGUCGUCUUGUCGACCAGACGGCCGGCGAUCAGACUGUGCUGGCGCUGCGAAGAAUCUUGGGUCAGGCUCGUGCAUCGCCUCACGUUGCUUCGGCUGUCGCUUGCCUUGCUUACGACCUGCCAGUCGUCGAUCGUCUACUAAUGCAAGUCCCAGAACAGCCCUCGCACAAUUGCGCACUGUUGGACGUCUGCAGACUUCUGCUCGAGACUGCGUCUGGAUUGGCCUGCCUGUUUCGGGCAAGUGGGGGGAUCCAUGAUAAGCAGACUGGCGCGCAGCCAUCCUCUAUUGAUGUGGCUACACUGAUCAAACUGCAAGGAAGAUUGCCAGCGUCUAAACGCAUCGCUCGCGAUUUGCUAUCGAUCGACGCUGUAAUCAGUGCUUCGCGCAUGCUGUUUGGACAAUCAAAGGUCCUUAUGCAGUAUGUAGAGCGUGUGGGCGCCCAGCACCCGACAGAUUCACGCAGCAUGCCGCUCGGCGCCAUGGCCCUUCGCAGAGACCCUUGCUUCAUUCUGCCAGCACUCUGCGUGCAUCGUCCAGUUGCUGCGGUCGCAGAUAUGAGCGGUGAUCACUAUAAGUCAGAACAUAACGAGGCAUUCAGAUAUUUCUGGACAAGCCGAUUCCGCAAGCCUGAUGUCUAUGCACGCUUAUGGCGAUUGUGGCACGACACACCGCUCGGCACGCGCUUGCUUCGCAUGAUCCCCACUGCCCUAGCACAGGACUGUAGAGGCAAACCCUUUACAAUCUCGAGAGCUGCUCACGUCUGCCUCACCAAUAUAGAAAUCUUGCGCUUGCCGAUGCCCGCAGACACGGCUUCAUGCGCUACAACUCUGUCAUCUUUGCUCGCCUAUCUCAACGAUCUCAACGAUGCGGAGCUUACUCGUGAACCAUGUGGCGACCUGGAGCAGAACGGGGCUCUUAUGGAAGCCCAGAUCGUGGUCGAGGAGAUGAUGAGAGUGCUUCGCGACAUUGCGUCCGCUCUUUACGAUCUCGAGGACAUAAAGUUCGAGCAAACGAGCAUGGUCGAAAAGAUCCAAAGCUGCGUGCAGAUUGAGAUCUGCGCAGACCUUGUCGGCAGGUGUGCAGAAUACCUAUGCUGGGCGGGCAAGCCUACACAAAACGUUCCGAUCGCGUCUGCCAUCUGCGCAGUCGCAACGCAACUUGACGUGCUGUACCGCGAAGACCACUCAGAUGCUUUGACAAUCACUUCGACAUUCAUGCGAAUACGCGCAAUGCUUGCAUGCUUCGGCAAACGCGUACAAGAACCAGCCAAGAUUGUUCGCACAGUCGUACAAUCAUGCGAGAACCAUCCAGUCUGCUCAUUGACGCUACUUCUUAGCCUGCUACCGGAUCUCACGACAGCAGGGACACUUGAUCCAAAGCGAUCCGCAAGCUGGGCGGCGGCCCUCGAUUCUGCUCUGCCCAAAUUAGUAGGGACUCUGUGUGCUGCUGGCGGCUCCGUGGAUAUUGGCGCUCAGCUCAUUUUGCAAUUCUUCCACAUCUCACACGCGUUGAGCAAAGACUUGCCGGUUGGCAUCAUCGAAGCCAUGCUGGAAAAUUUAUGCGGAUUCGCGAACGAUGAGGACACGUUUCCGAUUCCGAAGAACGUAGCCAACCUUGUGGAGCUAUUCCAAUCAGACGGCAUGCUGCAUGAGGCAUUUGAGGCAGCUUGCGAACGACAAAAGGCCUUCAAAGGUCGGCUCAUCCGUUUCCUCAAGAUCGACAACGAUCACUCCUCGGCAUGGCGACAACGCCGAUCGAUGCUGAUCGAUUCGCUCCAGGACGCUUCCUCGAGUGCACACCGAAAGAGAGCGAGAGGUCAAUCCGACAAUUUUGAGCGAGUCACCAGACCGCAUCUGGCGUUCAGCCAAACGCCUCAGCGGGUCAGCUCAGGAGAAGAAAGCAAGGAGCCAGACGUCACCACGGGCGGCAAGUCCUACCCAGCUUCAUCAUUCCGCGAGCAGAGCGCAAACGCGCCGCCAAGUCGUCCGGCAUCACAGCAUGUGGACGUGUAUCAACGCAGCAAUGUGAGAUCGUGA